UUCCAGCUCCGCCCCGACGCGAUGUGAGACGGGUCUGCCAAAGAACCACAAAGGAGCACAAAGUGAAGUCAGCAACUCGGCACUGUAACCGCUCACAGAUCUGGAUAAACACACAACCGCCGCGCAUCGCUUUAAAACACGCAGAGCAAGAGAAAAUGGGAAACUGCCAGUGUCUGAUUGUCGGGUUUGGAGCAAUGGUGAAAUAGCAUAACCAAUGCAUGAGGACAAGAUGGCCGCCCAUAGGAUCAGAGUGACAAAUAACAACAACGUGCUUCCUAGAUGUAAAUCUGAGGGCACACUGAUUGACCUCGACGAGGGAGUGACAGAAUCGAGUCUUAUAGAUGUCAAAGUGCCUUCACCCAGUGCCUUGCGUCUGGCCCCCUCAACUUCUUUUGGGACUGCAAGGGAAGUAGUUGCUAUAAAGGAUUACUGUCCAUCCAGUUUUACCACUCUGAAAUUCUCCAAAGGUGAUCAUCUUUACGUGCUGGACACGUCUGGAGGAGAAUGGUGGUAUGCGCACAACAACAGAGAAAUGGGGUACAUUCCUUCGACUUACGUUCAGCCAAUCGGCUACAGGGACUCUUCGCUCAGUGACAGUGGUAUGAUUGACAAUCUUGGGGACUGUUCUGAGGAGGGAGCAAAAGAGUUGGAGCUGCUGGGGGAAUGGACAAGCAUGCCCCUGAAGCCGCCCCUGCCUUAUGACAACAACAACCCCUUCUCCAUGCUGUCCUCAACAAACCCAUUCCUAAAUGGAUCCAUGGAUGAUGUCCUUGAUCAGAACAGCAACACGAGAGGAAAUCAAUGCAACAGCAUGGAUUUGCUUUUCUUUGACUCGUUCACGCCUUCAGCCCCUAUCUCCACCACCACCAGCAGCUACGGCACCACAAAAGGGUACAGCAAUAGUGUCUUUGACGACCCUAGAUCCAACCCUGAUCUAGAAGCUUUGCAGAUGCUCCGCAAGGACAAUCCAUUUCUUCGGAGCAAGAGGUCUUAUAGUUUAUCAGAGUUAUCAAUUUUGCAAGCUCAAUCGAAUCCUCCAUUGCCUUCAUCAGGGUUUUUCACAGGGCUUAAGGCUCCUUCACCAGAGCAGUUUCAGAACAGGGAGGACUUCAGGACUGCAUGGCUAAACCAUCGAAAAUUGGCACGGUCUUGCCAUGACCUUGACACCUUGGGGCAAAACCCAGGCUGGGGUCAGACACAACCAGUAGAGACUAACAUUGUUUGCAAGUUGGACAGCUGUGGAGGAGCAGUCCAACUUCCAGAUACAAAUAUCAGUAUUCAUGUUCCUGAAGGCCAUGUUGCAGUGGGUGACACUCAGCAAAUCUCUUUAAAGGCUCUGCUAGAUCCUCCUUUGGAGCUUAAUAACGACAGAUGUUCCACUGUCAGUCCAGUGGUUGAAAUCAAACUAAGCAACAUGGAGACUAAGUCAUUCAUAACUUUGGAGAUGAAAGUGUCAGUGGCAGUUCGGACAGAAAGUCAAACGGCGGAGGUUUUGUGUGUCAGAAGCGAUUGUAAAGAAGGUCCGUAUUCUCCUGUCCCACAGGCUUAUAUUUAUGGGGACACAAUUCAGGUUCAACUGGACAACAUUGAGCCAUGCAUGUAUGUUGCUGUGGUAGUCCAAGCUCAACGUCUUUCUUUUAAUUCAUCUGUUUGGGAUCAUGUGGUGAAGAAAGUUACACUGGGGCUCUAUGGGCCCAAACACAUUCAUCCAUCUUUCAAGACUGUUGUGGCCCUUUUUGGACAUGACUGUGCCCCAAAGACUUUACUGGUCAGUGAGGUUGGGAAACAAGCAAAGUCCGCCCCACCUGUUGCUCUACAGCUGUGGGGAAAGCACCAGUUUGCCCUUGGCAGACCUCAGGACUUGCAGAUAGGCAUGUACUCCAACAUGUCAAACUAUGAGGUCAAAGCAAACGAUCAGGCAAGGAAUGUCCGUGGGUUUCAAAUAAAACUAGGCAAGGUGAGUCGACUCAUCUAUAUGAUUACAUCACGGAAAGCAAAUGAGAUCACAGACUUCACUUUACGUGUCCAGGUAAAAGAUGAUCAGGAUUGCAUCCUUGCGCAAUUUUGCGUACAGACGCCACAACCGCCCCCUAAAACUGGGAUGCGUAACAACGGCCAGAGGAGGUUCCUGAAGAAGAAGGAAGUUGAUAAAAUCAUUUUGUCUCCUCUUGCCAUCACCAAUAAAUACCCACAGUUUCAGGAGCGCUGCAUCACCAACGUGAAAUUUGGCAAACUGAUCAAAACUGUUAUCAGACAAACCAAGAAUCAGUAUUUGUUGGAAUAUAAGAAAGGGGAUAUCAUUGCCCUACUCAGUGAGGACAAAAUCAAACUCAAAGGACAGCUGUGGACCAAAGAGUGGUACAUCGCAUACUAUCAGGGAAAGAUUGGGCUUGUGCAUGUAAAAAAUGUUCUAGUCCUGGGAAAAGUUAAGCCCAUUUACUUCUGUGGGCCGGACCUUACAACUACAAUGCUAAUGGAACAAAUACUAAAACCCUGCAAGUUCCUCACCUACAUUUACGCCUCUGUGAGGAUGACACUUAUGGAGAACUUGGGAAACUGGCGUGCAUUUGCUGAUGCCUUGGGCUAUGUAAAUCUUCCCUUGACGUACUUCUGCAGAGCAGAACUGGACAGUGAACCAGAGAAGGUGGCGUCUGUGCUGGAGAAACUGAAGGAAGAUUGUCUCAACGUGGAAACUAAGGAGAAGAAAUCUUUUCAGAAGGAACUAAUGAUGGCUCUGUUGAAAAUGGACUGUCAGGGUUUGGUGGCCCGUCUCAUUAUGGACUUUGUGUUGCUGACGACAGCAGUAGAGGUUGCUCCUCGCUGGAGAGAGCUAGCCGAAAAACUCGCCCACGUAUCCAAGCAACAAAUGGAGGCUUACGAAGCUCCACAUAGAGACAAAACCGGUGUGGUAGACAGCGAGGCCAUGUGGAAACCAGCCUAUGAUUUCCUGCUAACGUGGGCUGCUCAAAUCGGCGACAGUUACCGUGAUGUCAUCCACGAACUACACAUGGGAUUGGAUCGAAUGAAGAACCCGAUAACCAAACGAUGGAAACACCUUACUGGCACUCUUAUACUUGUUAAUUGCCUCGACAUGCUUAGAAGCUCCGCCUUUAGCCCCGCCCCUCAGGACGACUUUGCCAUCUAGCCCCACCUCUCUCCACCCACAUUUCCACAAUCGAUAUUGGAAAUUUGACAGGUUUCUGUAAUAAACGUCACUUCGGCGGACUUUGAUUUCUUUAAGUUACAGUAAGCUGUAAGUUUACCUCAGUGUGAAGCCCAUCGGGUCUUCCCGUAUCCACUCAUGUCCAUAUAAUGACUUGUGGUAAGCCAAUCAAGCCAAAACACACAGACAGUGUUUUAAGUGUAGCUAUUUUUGGAAAUUUGGAAAUGUUUUUAUCAGUCUGGUUAUUUGCGAUAUCUAUAUUUUUUAUACCGGAUGGCACAAAUGAAUUUUUUACUUUAUCACUUUAACGUUUUUCAAGAAUGAAUUUUGCAGAAAAGAAACGUAUUGGAGGUCUGUUACGUGUCACAUUCACCUGUGUUUGCAUUUUAUUGCCAAACUAUAAACAUUAUCCUUCCACAUAUCUGAUUUAUAUAUCAUCCAACUUAAAUUUUGCCUUCUGUGAAUGCCAGAUUUUGUGUUUGUCUUUGUAAAAAGAAAGAGAUUGGGUAUGAUUUGUUUAGACAGUUGGCCACCACUUUAGAAAGUUUGCAUUUGUAUAUUGCACCGUGUACUUUAGGUGUUGAAUUGAAGUGUUGGUUUAGUUAUCAAUCCGUUUUUCAAUUGUAAGUGUUUAUGUUUGAUUUAAAGAGAAGCAGUUGUGUUCAUCUGCAAGAUCUUUUAUUUAUGAUUAUAAAGAAUACCAGUGUCCUACGUUUAUAUUUUUUGUACCUCUCCUGAUUUUUUGACUUUAUAUGUUUUGAAUAAUAAUCGUUUUUUUACAGAUUCAGUCCUGGAUAUCCGUGCUGUUUUUUAACAGCAUCAACAUGUAGGGAAAAAGUGAAUGUGUGUAUUUAUGUGUCUACAUAUUCUGUAUCUUUUAGAUGGAAAAUCUGUAUUUGUGUUAGAUCUUCGAUAUGUUUGACAGUGACUGUUUGAAAAGUAAGACAUAAUCCAUGCAUUGUUUUCAUAAUUCAUUGUUUAGAAAGAAAUUGAAUUAUACAUGCUGUCCAAUGUUGUUCCCAUGGAUUCAAUAAAGCAGCUGUGUCUUCUUGCUAAGUU